CAGUCGCCUGUAUGGACUGAGCAGGGAUGUCAAAAUUUUUGUUAAAUUCAUCAUAAAAAUCUUCAUCCUCUUCAUCAUGUCUAAAAUCCUUCCACCACAACAUUCUUCCCAUGUGAAAUCUAACUUGUUAUCAAAGGCAAAAAGCUUCACAGUCACAGAUCACCCCACCACCCUCAUCUCCACAUAUACUAACACCACUGCCGACCCAGCUGUUGCCUUCAUCAAUGGCCUGCUCGACCGGAUACCCUUGCCUCGAUGGGCGAUCUACACCAUCUUUGCAGCUGGCGGUCUGCUGAUUCUGCUCUGCUGCCUGUGUGUCUGCAUCAAGUGCUGCUGCAAAGGAAAGAAGAAAAAGAAGAAGAACGAGCAGAUCGAUCUGAAGGCGGUGAAUGGAAAAACAACCACAGCCCUGGUUCAGCCAGAUGUGGCAGAUGUUGAUUAUGGCUCAACCAAAAAGCAGAGAGGAAAGCUGCUCUACUCUCUGGAAUAUGAUGGGCCUCUGUCUGAGCUCAAACUGGGGAUCAAACAAGCCAGCAGCCUGAUGGCCAUGGACCUCGGAGGAACCUCAGACCCAUAUGUCAGAGUCUACAUCCUCCCCGAAAAGAGCAAAACCUAUGAAACCAAAGUGUUCAGGAGCACGCUGAACCCUGUCUUCAACGAGCAGUUCACCUUCCAGCUACCAAAGUCUACCCUCACGAAGUCGACAGCUGUGAUGAAAGUGUUUGACUUUAACCGGUUUUCCAAACACGAAAUCAUCGGCGAGAUCCGGGUGCAGCUCUGCAAUGUUGAUUGGAAUCACAUCAUCGAGGAGUGGCAGGAGCUGGAAGCACCCGCCAAAUUUGAGGAAGAAAAUCUAGGAGAGAUCUGCUUCUCCCUGCGCUAUGUUCCCUCUGCCAGCAAGCUGACUGUGGUAAUCCUGGAGGCCAAAAACCUGAAGAGCAUGGAUGUUGGCGGAUCCUCAGAUCCUUAUGUGAAGAUGCAGCUAGCUCUGGACAAAAGGAAGUGGAAGAAAAAAAAGACGUCUAUCAAAAAGAAGACGCUGAACCCUUAUUUCAACGAAUCGUUCGUCUUUGACGUGUCACUGGAUCAAAUCCAGAGGGUGAAUCUGGUGGUCUCGGUGUGGGACCAUGACGCCGUGACCAGGAAUGAUCCGAUAGGGAAGAUCUACCUGGGCUGUGAUGCCACAGGGAACCAACUAAGGCACUGGGCCGACAUGUUGUCCAACCCGCGACGGCCGGUGGCUCAGUGGCACAGCCUGCUGUCGGCCGAGCAGGUCAACUCCACUCUAACCCUGAAAAAGAAAAUCCCCAUCCCCAGCAAAAUGAAGGAAAGCGCUCAGCAGUGGUACCCUAAAUGAAACCAUUUAAAAAAAAAAAGAGAGAUUCAAAUAUUUUUGAUAACCAUUUCUCCCUUUGUUCUUCUGAUAUGGAAAUUAUUGAAUAAGAUUACUUUGUAUUAUACUGUAUAUUAAGAUUUGUAAUUAUUAUUUUUGGUAUCAAAUCAAAACAUGCUAAAAUAUAUUUUCUAACAUUUAUUUUUGCUUUAUAAACACAGUUUAGCCUCUGUAAGAUAGCUGUACUGAGUAAUACAGUUAGGUCCAUAGCUUCAGUACACACUUUCCCUCAGUACAACAACAACAUGGUGGAUUUUAAAUCAAACAGUCAAUAUGUUCACUCAUUAUUCCAAGACAAAUGAAGUGGAUAAAAGAGUUGAUUCCAAGUCUUGAACUUCUGAAUGAGCCUCAUUCAGUAAAUGUUUUUACCCUGCGAAAGACACGAGCUCGCACGUGAAACUUCUGCCAGAUUCAUGACGAGUGGGCACCGGCAUCGUUUGUGCUGGCUGUCUGCAAUCUGCAUACCAUCACACUUAUUUCUCUAUAUAAGGAAACAAGUUUAUCUCAAAGUGAAACGGGGAGUGAUGCUGCUGUAAAAGAGGGAAGAGGAGGAAAGCAGGAGAAAGGCUGACAUAAAUAAGUCAUUUUUUAAAUAAGAUUAUUACUACUAGUAGUAGAAUUGCAAUUCUUAGUACUAAUCAGUAUAAAGGUGUGUUUUUCUUGUGUUUUGUAAUAUAACCAGAGCUUCAUCAUUUGUUCAUGCAUGCAGUCUGGGGCAGUACUAUAUUUCUUCGUACCGUAUGAACAAAGGUACAAAAAUGUCAACAGCUCAGCAGCACUGUGAACACCAUGCAAGACAACUGAUGGUUGUGGAAUUCUUUCUAUGGUUAAAAACAACAGCUUUACAACAGCUUACCAAGCCAGGACCACUCUUAAGGAGGCAGGAGUAUCUCUGUCAAGGUCUACAAACCAAAGAUGUCUUACUGAAUGGAAAUACAGAAAGUUUAGGACACGCUGCAAAGCACUGGGUGGCACUCAAGGCCACCCUCUGUGAUCAGACUCUGACAAAAUGCUACAAAACCGAUCGGACUACAUUUUACAGUGCAAAAGGAUGAUGACCCAAGGCUGACUGCAAAAGAAGCGACCCACGAGUUUGUCAAAGCAAAGAAAUGGGGAUAUUCUUCAAUUCGCCAAGUCAGUUACCCGAGCUCGAUUCAGCAGAGCAGCUUGGGUGUAAUUCCUAAACACUUAAUGCAAUAUUUUUGUUAAAGCCGUUGGAUUAAAGCUGAACUUCUCCACUUCAACCACAUCUUCACUGUUUGAUUUCAAAUCCCCUGUAGGCAAAGGCAAAAUUGCAGUUGUUGUGCCGGUUUCUAAAUACUAAUGGACCUGGAAAUGCAUAUCAUUAUUUCUUAUGUAAACACACUGAAAGUGAAAUGUAUUUUAGUCUACAAAACACAAAAAACUCUAUAUGUUUUUAUUAAGAAAAGAUCUUGUUAACUUUCUACACAGUUGGAAUAUGAUCUAAAAGCUAGAAACAAUCGUUUAUGGACAAACAAGUCUGAGACUCUCACUCGUCUCCCCUGACAGACGACGACUCAAACAAAAACUGAGCUCAAUCAAGCCGAGUUCAGCAGGUGCCUUCUCCUGCUGGCUCAGGCCUCCAGAGACCGUCCUCAUUAAAUGCUCUGUGAAUGCACAGCUCAGUGCAUUCACAAAACGGGAGAUUUUCACUCUGUCAGCAUCUGAUGUUAAAACAUCAACUACGACGAGCCUCUGUUGACUUGAAACUUUGAUUUCAUAAGCAAAAAUGACCCUACCUCUAAU